AUGGGGGAGGAAGACCAGAAGGCACCUGCAAAACAACCAGAGCAGCAACAGCAGGAGCCGCAGCAGCAACAGCAACAGCAGGAGGAGGGGGAGCAGCAGCAGCAGCAGACGGGCCAACAGCAGUCCAGUGAGGCCCAGGAGCAGCAGCAGCAGCAGAAGCCGGUGGAGAAGUCACAGUCCUUGGCGGCCCCUGAAGCCGGCUCUAGCUCCUUUAGCAGCAGCGGAAGCAACAGCAGCAGCUCCAGUAGUAGCAGCAGCAGCAGCAGCAGCAAGGGCAUUGGUGCUGCUCGGGCGAAGCAGGAUGACGAGGAAGAUGAUGGGGAUGAUUCCUUUACGUUGACUGUGCAGACACUUGACCGACAGCAACUCAGAGUUACUGCUUUUCCUGAUUGGAAUGUGCUGCAGCUGAAGGAAGCAUUGGCCCCACAGUUACGGUAUCCUCCUGGGGAGCAGCGUCUCGUCAUUAGAGGACACGUAAUGAGGGAUGAAGAAGUGUUGGAUGCUUUGGGUAUUAGCAGCAAUGGACCAAUGGUGCACGUUGUGCGAAAUGUGGAUAGGAGGACAACUGGGAUCCCUGGGGGCAGCAACGGUGCAGCAGGAGCAGCUGCUGCUGCUACUUCCCCUCAAGAGCAGCUAAUGGAGCAGCUAGCUAGAUCCCCUCAGCUGCAGCAGCUAAUGGAGAGCGACCUGAUGAGCAGCUUGCUGCAAUCAACUGUUUCGUAUGGGCAUGGAUGCCAUGAGGAAUCCUUCCUUAUUGAGGGAGAUGAUAAGAAAUACAGACAGGGCCCUCGCCAACAUAGAAGCUAUUCCAGGGCGCCACGGCAGCCGCAGCAAAAUCUGCAGCAGCAGCAACAGCAGAGUCCUCAUGAAUUGAACACGUAUCUCGAGGCCAGAAGGCGGCAGCAGCAACGCCAGCAGCAGGUGCUGCGGCAGCAGCAAAUACAACGGCAGUUCCUCCUGCAACAGCAGCGCCAACUGCAGCAGCAACAGCAACAACAAGAACAGCAACAGCAGCAGACGACGACGACAACGACAGCUGGCGCACUCGCGUCACAGCAGGCUCCUAGUGGUUCAGGCAUAGAGGCACCUUCAGAUGCAGGAGCAGCUGCUACUGCACCUGCAGCAGCAACUGCUGCACAGGGAGCAGCAACUGCUGCAUCGGGGGCAGCAACUGCUGCACCCGGAGGAGCAGCAGCUGCUGCUGCUGCUGCAGUUGCUUCAGGUGCUUUAGGGGUCCCUCCCCCUGCAUGGAGCUUCGGCGGCCCCGGGGGAAUUGUUCGAGAUUUUACUAGGCUGAGCGUGGGGAGCCUCGAGCCAUCAGCAACAUCUGGUGUGCAGCACCAACAGCAGCAGCAGCCUCAGCAACAGCAGCAGCAACAACCCCAGCAGCAGCAGCAGCAGCAGUAUGCACACCAACUAGCUUCCUUGAAUGCCAUGGGUUUUUCCAACCAGGCAGAGUGUUUGUGGGCGCUGCAGCAAACAGGAGGAAAUAUAAAUAGGGCAAUCGAUUUGCUGCUUGCUCGCCAUCAGUGA